GAUAACACAUUUGUUCUCUGGGCGGCAAUUGAGAAGGCUCAGAAACUUGGGAAGCCACUCUAUGUGGCCUUUGUGGACCUCUCAAAUGCCUUCCCAUCAGAUGACCAGCCAAGUCUAUGGGUGAAGCUUCAUGAAGCUGGAUUCUCAGGUCCGUUAUUCGACUAG